AUGUCUACUGCUGUAACAACUAGUCCCUGGAGGACGAUACUCUCCCUUUCUCUUUUACUCUCUCUUUUCAACCCCGUCACUGGUCUUCCUACAAAGAUUCCCUCUCUUCACUAUGCAACCACUCCUGUUCUUGGAUCACCCCCUGAGCAACAUAUAAGACGAAGACAAGACGGCACUGCAACACUCGAGCCUAGGAUAGGAGUCGACUUUCCUGACCCGUCCAUUCUCAGGGACGGUGAUGGACGCUGGGUCGCCUUUGCAACUAGCGGUAACGGACAUCACAUUCAAGUGGCCACCGCUGAUGACCCCUUUGGCGAGUGGACUCAUCUUGACCAAGAUGCUCUUCCUACUGAUGGGUGGACGAGUGGUCGCAACUACUGGGCCCCCGAUGUCCGACAACUGAGUGACGGCUCUUACAUCAUGUACUUUUCAGGAGAACUUCCUGAAGGCGGUCACUGUGUUGGUGCUGCACGCUCCAAGAAGAGCACUGGCCCUUAUACGAUGGAUCCCAAGCCCAUCGUGUGCCCUCGAGACGAAGGCGGAGCUAUCGACCCAACAGGCUUCUUUGACGAGUCAACGGGUCGACGAUAUAUCAUCUACAAGGUCGACGGCAACGCUCUCGGCAUCGGUCAUCCUACUCCCCUCCGUCUCCAGCGCGUAUCAGCCAAGGACGGCACAACUCACAUCGGCGACCCCGUAACCAUCAUGGACCGCAUCGCCGAAGAAGACGGCCCCCUUGUCGAAGCGCCUAGCCUUGUUCGACUGCCCGACGGAGGCUACCUCCUCUUCUUCAGCAGCCACAUGUACACUGACGACGCCUACGACGUGAAAUACGCCGUGUCGCAGAACGGCAUCAACGGGCCGUACGUCCGGGGCCCGGCGCCGUUCCUCAAGACGCCGGCGCUGGGUCUUCGGGGUCCCGGAGGCGGCACGAGUUCCGAGGACGGAGGGUUCAUGGUGUUUCACGCGCGGUGUGAGGAUCGCAAGCGGUGCAUGUAUGCAGUUGGGUAUGGGAUCAUGUGA